CAUUGCUACAAUGGGACGGCCUCUGGACGCCCUCGGGAUAGGAUUAAUCUUGGUACGUGUGUGACAUCUCCAGCUUCAGUUUUUAGGUUCGCGAAUAACUUGAAGGCAAUUGAAGUGAAAAUACAGCAUGCGUGGCGUCUGAGUUGGAAUCAGAGGUAGAGGAUGUCGAUUGAGGCAGACGUGUUGCUGCAGGAGGCUAAGGAGAACAUCGAGGCGGCGCAGAACUACAGGAGUGAACUGCAACAGCGUCUGCAUGGACUCAACCAGGCCCUCAACCAGGUGAGGGGCAGUGCAGGCCAGACGCGGGAGGCCCUGCGGGGUCAUUUCGAGACGCUGCAGGCUCAGGUGUCUCUCCUGCUGGGCGAGCGGCUGGCGGCCCUGCUGCAGGAGGUGGACGCCGUCGAGCAGGACAGCGUGCGGCCGCUGGACGACUGCCAGAGGCUCAUCGAGCAGGGCGUCGGCACCGCCGACGAGCUGCUGAGAGAAGGUGAGGCUGCGAUUCGCUGUAUCGGGGAGAAUGAUGACAAACUGGGAAGCUUUACCAAGAAGGCCCUUCAGAUUCAGCUGGACAGUCUCCCCGAGGUGCCCGUGCUGGUGGAUGUCCCCUGCCUCUCAGCCCAGCUGGACGGCUCGCUGCUCGCCGCUCUUCGGGAGCGCAUCGCGUGCCACGGCAGCGUGGCCUCGCACCCCCCCGUGCUCAUAGAGCAGCUGGAGGAGCGGCCGGGGGGUGUGCUGGUGCGCUGGUGCAAGGUGGACGAUGACUUCACCGCACAGGACUACCGGCUGCAGUUCCGCCGCAGUGCCGCCUCCCAGUACGAGGACGCCUACAUCGGCAGGGACUCGGAGUUCCUGGUGCUGCACCUGGAUCCGCACACAGACCACCUGUUCCGCGUCUGCGCCAGGGGGGAGGGGCGCACCGAGUGGAGCCCCUGGAGCGUUCCCCAAACCGGCUACACCACGCUAGCGCCGCACGAGUGGCAGCCAGGCAGCGAGGGCUACAUCCUGAGCAGCCGGAGAAACAUCGCCCUACGCAGCGACUCCCCGUCCCUCGCUGGCGCCCUCUACUCCAGCGCCCCCUCCUGCUUCUGUGGGCAGACCCUCACCUUCAGGAUCAUGGCUGCCGGUAAGCCAGACAGACGGGACGGCCUGGGGGUGUGUGUGGAGCGCAUGACUGGCACAGAAUCGCUGCAGAGGAACAGAGCUGUGUGCGUCUCCCCCAAAGGUGCUGUGUUUGUGAAUGGAAAAGAGAUGACCAACCAGCUGCCAGCCAUCACCGUCGGCUCAGCCGUGACCUUUGACAUGGAAGUUGUCAGCCUGCUUCCUGUCACCAACAAUAACGUCAAUGACAAGGGAAGCCUAAAGUUGAGGGUGACGAUUGGCUCAGGGAGUAGAGAGGUGGUAUUUGAUUGGCUCCUGGAUCAGGAAGUGGACCGCCUUUUCUUUGGCUGCUCCUUCACGCACCCUGGAUGGAAAGUUCUCGUCUUCUGAUACUAUUGACCCUGCUCACCAGCAUAACCAUGUUCAAUGGGACAAACAAGGAAGAAGUUGAGUCUUUUGGGCGGUGCAGUCCCUCAGCAAUGUGAACAUGUUCUUAUGCUCGUCUGCAUUGGAGCUGAAUUUGAGCCGUGUGCUUUCUUGAGCUGUGGUGGCUUAGAACUUGUAACUCCUCAGACUUAAUCUCAAACAGUUCAGUUUCAAGCAAUUUAACAGUUUUUUGAGUGAUUGAUUUAUUGAUACGUAACAAUUGAUUGGUGACUGAAAUGCUUUUUGGCUGGCCCUACAAACGCGAAUGUCUGUGACUGAGUGAGUGACUGAUGAAGUUAUACCAUUGGUCGGCCGAGUUAUGAAGUUACACCAGUGGUCGGCCGGAUCACGUGUAGGUCCAGCCAUAUACUAGGUUUUGACCUGGUCUUGUUUAUGGAAAAAAAUGUGUCACACUCCCCCUCAUACCCUUCCUACAAGGGCUGGUCCUGUCUUAACCUUUUCAGGACAGAAAUUUCUACAGUCCUCCAGCAUUCCAGUGGCAUCUUUUUUUCUGAAGACAAACUGACAUGAAGUUCUUCAAAGCUACAGCUGCAAGUUACGGAAGCGACCCAUCGGGGAAACGCGUUGAGCCAGCGUUCAGAGAUCAGCUUCAGAUGCGUUCAGUCAGCAGCUCACAGUGAGGGAACUGUACUGUAAGAUGACAGAUUCUGAUUGAUACAUAUUUUAGAUAUUUUGCUGCGAUAAGUCUUAAUCAUUGUUUUCAGAAUUAAUAUAGCUUGUCCAGAUCAGUUGCUGGAAGAAGAGGGAAGACUAAAAUCGUGCCUUUUAGUAUUUUCACAAGUUCAGUAAUCCUACCAUAAUACCGUACUGUAUUAUGCUGUACAAUGCAACUGAUGUGCAUUCCUAAAUGUGAGUUAGUUGAAAAAUAUUAUUUCAGAUACACAAAUUAGGCAGUUUUUUCAAAUAUACUCUGAACAGCUGAAAAUUGUAGAGUAGUAAUUAAAUAUGUUUUAAUGUGCAGCUUUAGGAAGAAUGCAUUCAGAAGCAGUUAAAAAAAACAAAAACGUUUGAACACCUUGUGGUCUCACAGUUUUUUCAACUCUAAUUUUGAGGAAGGAGGUUGAUCCGGAGUGAAACUUUUGAAUGCACUCUGAACUAGUAAGAGCAUAGACCUGUGAUAGACUCCAUUGCUUAUCUUCUGUUCCUCAAAGCAAUGCUUCAGUUUUGAAUGACACUGACUGACGGUGUAUUGAGAGCAACAGUGUUAAAUGCGUAUAUGUUUGCAGUGGGAUCGGAGUGGGAUUUGGGGUAUUGAGCCCUAAUGUGUGCCCUGUAUACCUGCAAUACAUUUCAGUGUGUUCAUCUGUAGAGCACAGCAAACCAUGCUGCCAAUAGAUCUGGACUGAGCAGGGUGUUUUUUUAAAAAAAGGAUAAACGCUGAAAAUCUGUCAUGUCUAGAUAGAUACAGUCAAGAUGUAAAUACUUUAUAGGGUUAUAGAGAAAACAGCUGGUACAGAAAUCAAACUAUUUAGAGAGCAGCGGUUUGUCAGUAAUGUGCAGUGUGAACACGUUAGCCUUUAAGCAUUGCAACUACAAGGUAAGCCGAAUGCAACUUGUUGCCAUUACACCCAACAUGUGAACCACAACUAGAACAGCACUGAUCGUCGUGUCCAGUUUCUGUUGUUUACACCCCGAGGAUUGGACUCAUGUCAUUUCUUAAAUAUAUUGUCUACUGCAGACAUUUUAAAAAUGUUUUUACUUUGACUUUUUCUUAAGGUGAAGCUGCCAACAUGCUGCGACGCCAAGGCAUUGCCUUCAAAAUAUGGAAAGGACUCUUGUUCUGCAAUUUAAAAAAAAAACAUUUUUCACCAUACUUGUGCAGCAAGAUUCCGUCAGUGCGUACAUGUAGUUUUGAACUACCAAUUGUUGAGAAAUAUGCAAAAUCUAAAGUCUAUGCACAUAUAUAACUGUUAUAUAUAAUGCACAUCAAUGCAGAGGAUACACAUUUUUCAUGGUUUGAGGAUUUAAAUAGGAUUAAUGAUUUAAUAAGAUAUUCCCUUUUCACUGCCUUCAUGUCUACCACAAUAAUGCAUGCAAUGGAUUAGUUAGUGCACUUUUCUAUCAUAAAAAAAUAAAACACCUGGUACAAAAUACUUUUAUUUUAAAUAGAAAACAGGAUUUUAUGUAAUCCCUUUAUUACAAAAUUCACAACUCGAACAAAUUUAACAAUGUUGUUUCUUGGUGAUUUUUUUUCUUCUUCUGGGCCAGCGACAAAACAAUGUGUGCAAAUAAUGCCUUCUGAAGCUGUAAAGCAUAGUUCCCUACAUCGGUGUGAGAAAUAUAGGUCUUCCCAAAACCACCAUUAUUCUACAUGUGCACAGCUUUAGCAAAUUAAAGCGACUGUUGAGGAAAAUAGCAAGUAUAUAGCAUGACGUAUUUCACAGAAAAUAGCACCAAAACUCCCCCUUUGGCUUGUAACCCCCAAAAUGAACUGAGUGUGGACCCAACAUACACAAUUCUCAACCUGGCAUACCGAGUUUGCCCUGAAAGUACUUUCUUUCCUUUGAUUAGGCAAGAUUCCCAAGAGCAGGGCACACAACUGCUUAUUACUACUCUAUACACACAACUUUUCAUGGGAGUUAACGGCUCUGUCACGACACUAGAGGUGUUUCAUGAACCCCAUAAUGGGCGGAGCUACAAUGAACUGUCAAUCACUGACAUUUGAACCAAUCGAAUCUUUGUUCUCCACAGCGCAGCAAAAUAAUUGGCUAAAGCCACUGAUAUUACGCGGUAACUGCCCAUAUUUGGUUUAAUGACUUCUCAUUCUGCCAUGAUCCAGAGUGAGGAGCAUUCCUCAGGGCGAAGCAGGAUUUUCAGUGUUUUUUUUUCUCCCCCCGAACGUGAAAGUGUGCGAUGAGCGAUCAUACAGACAUCAUGAUGCGACUGGGGUCCUGCCGACAGAGCUCGGACCCCAAGUAGUAGUAAUAAACAAACAAAAACAAAAAACAAAC